AUAAAUCUUAUUAAUUAAUAAAAAACAAAUCAGAUAAAUAUAAAAAACUUAAUGGAUAAUUUAUAAAUGUAAAGUAGUUAAGUGUUGCAAAACCUCUUAAACAUUCUAGGAGCUACAUAACAUGUAGAAGCCAAAGAUCAAAAUGGUCUUAAUUUUUAAAUUACAAGUAAAAACUAGUGCAUAGAAGUAUAAUUUGAAGGCUCUUUAUAAACAUACUUAUUUAGCCAGACUGGUUUCUAACUGGAAUAUGAAAACCAAUCUAAUUUUGUUAUUUUUAAAAACUCUUAAUUAUUUAGUCUCGCUACUAUAUUACAUUAUUUCUACAUUAAACACAUCACAUAGCAAAGCCCAAUUUAAAGUAAAUCUGAUUUUGUUAGUUUAUGUAAUCAUUUUAUGACAGCUUUGGGUCAAAAUAGAGUUUUCAGCAAUAUCUAUAUCAUAUGGAGUUAGUGGAAGACCUAUUGGAGCACUAAUAAUAUAAGCUCUUACUGUUACUCAAAUUGCUCUGGACAGUGCAACUAAAAAACAUGCGCUGGUGGCUAAUGUCUAUACUAUUUCCCAGCUAAAGAGUUAAAUAAUCCUUAAUUACCUGAGUAAGAAAGGAAUGAUCCAAAUAAUAGAUUUGAUGACUAACUAUUUUAUUUAGCUAGUAUUUUUGAUAGCUUUAUUAAAGAAGAAAAAAAAUAAUUUGAUAAUUUCUUCUUUUCCUUUCAGAAUGUAGAAGUAUCUAUUUUUUUAAGAAAUAAUGAAAAAACACUUGACAUAAUCUAAGUGUAAUUAUUGUAAGGAAAUGUUAUUAAAUUGAAAUCAUUAUAGUAGCUCUAUUCUAUUGAUAAGAAUUAAAUUAAAUCAAUAAGCAUCCUUAGUUUAGAUGAAUAGUUUAUUCCUAAAGGAGAACAAUAAAGAAAAUAGCUGUAUGAUUUCAUAUUAAGUUUGCAAAAUUUAAAUUCUUUAGAAAUAUAAUUAGAAGCUGGAAUUUAUCAUGUAAAUGAAGAAAAAGUUUAAAUUUCGAGAGCAGUAAAGUAAUUUAUCCCUGUUCCAAAAGAAGUAGUAGAUAACUUUGUCUCUUUUUUAUUGUAAAUAAAGGUAGAAAAAUUAUCUUUAACACUUGAUGAGUUUUGUUAUGGAGCAGCUAUAGAUUUAAAACCAAUAUUUGAUUGCCUUCCUAAUAUAAAUCAUAAUCUAAAAACUCUACAAAUAUCAGUUGCUAGAAGAAGAAUGCAUGAAGCAUAAUAAAUUCUUCAAACUCUAUGUAAGUUAUAAUAACUUGAAGUUUUAAAUCUCAGGAUUAAAUAAUAGUGGGCUAGUUAUCACUGUUCAACUGGUAAGAUAGAUGAGAAUUUUUAGAAAUGGGAAGAUUAACUCAGGAAUUCUAUCAAAAAUAUUUAGUAAUUAUAAAUAGAUUGA